AUGUGCGUCUACGGCGAGCUUGUGGAAGCCACCGGAGCGCCCCGCGAGCAGCCGGCACCGGCGAGGAUGGCGGCGGUAGAGACGCCCGAUUGCAGCAGAGCCGCCGAGCCGGGCCCCGCCCCAUGGGUUCGGAGCCCGGAGCCGGCUCCGGCCCGGGCAGUCACCGACUUCGGGUACCGCUUCAUCCCCACCACCACCGCCACCACCGUACCGGACUGGCCCGUGUCCUGGCGCCAACCCCACCCCGCCCGCCGCCCGCCGCCGGGCCCCCACCGCCACCACCACCUCCUCCCCGCCCGCCCGCCCAACGGCGCGCCUCGGUGCGUCGACUGCCCGGACUGCCGCGCCCUCUCCGGCGGGCGCGAGAUACCCCCCCAGCCCCCGCACCCCUCCGAGACGUGGCCCUCGGCGGCUGCCGUGGACAACAACAACAACAGCGAAGGCUACGGCAGCGCCACCCCGGGUUCUGGUCGUUGCCGUCGUCGGAGCAGGAGCAGCAGCAGCAGCGGCGGCGACGACAACGCGUGCCUGUGGCACCGCCACUACGCGCAGCACGGCGCGCGGCUGGGCAUCGGCGCGCUGUUCCGGCUGGCCGAGGACUACCACGUCGGCGGCGGCGGCGGCGGCGGCGGCGGCGGCGAGGAGGCGCAUGAGCAGGGGCAGCAGGGCUACGGCCGGGCUGUGGCGAGGGUGCGCGAGCUGGCGGCCGUCAUCGCGACGCGCCGCGGCGACGGGUACUACGGGCUGCUCGCGUCGUCGGCGCGCGACUGCUGCGGCGGCGGCGGCUUGCGGUACGACGACGACGAGGAGGAAGAGGGCAGGGAUGGUAGAGAGCCGGCGCGGCCCGACAGCCUUGAUGGGCAGCCGCAGCCGCAGCCGCGGAUGGACCAUACGAACGGCCACCGCCGCCGCGGCGACCGCGGCGGCCAUGGCGACAGCUUCAGCAGCAGCAGCAGCAGCUGGGCCACGAUCGACGGGAUGGAGCCCGCCCUUACCCUGGAGGAGAGGGGGGAGGUGGUGGAGAUGCCCGGCCCCCUGGCGUCGCGCGCGUCCGUCUUUGGCGCCAUCGGGGACUCGAGGCCGUCGGCUACGGCGGCGGCGGCCGAGCAGCCGCGGUACACGUGGCUCCAAAAGGGCAAGUGGCGCGAGAAGGGCGAUUGGAAGGAGGCGGAGGACAGCAGCUCCUUGGUGAAGAUGCCGACAAGAACCCAGGCGAUCCUUGCGUGGAUGAUGGAUGCUGACUUUACGCAAGUUGAGCAUCCUCUUAUUUGAUAGUGUUUCUGUUUUCUGUUUUUGUCUCUUUCUUUACUCGUGUUUAUUUUCCAAUUUGGAUUUCCUUUUUUCCCACCCAGCCGAUAUUACGAGCCGCCCUCCUCCCACAUCUACAUGUUUUUAAACGGUCCGGGAUAAGGAAAUGGGUAAAGGGAACGAUGUAUUUACUUCCGGCACCUCGGUCACUUGCAAAACUCGAGAAACAGUCAUAUACUCUUGGACCGGUGUUUAAUGGUUCCUGCUUGUAGUAGCCUGUAGCAGUUAACCGAAGUUUGUA